AUGGCCUUUUCAUUUGAUUUUAUGUGUCAUUAAUAUUAAAAUAUUAUAAAAAUGUCAAGUGGUGGUAAGAGUUAUUGAUAAUUGAAAAAGUGAGCAAUGAGUAGAUAGGAGAGUUGGUGGAUCACCUAAACUAAGAGCAUGACAGCGAGGAUGAAGGCAUGGAAGAUUACAAGAUAGGAGGUUUGUGAAAUAUGACUAUAAGAAAGGAUAUCACCCAGUUCAUAUUGGAGAGGUGUUGCUGAAUCGUUAUGUUGUCAUUCAGAAAUUAGGGUGGGGGCAUUUCUCGACUGUGUGGUUGGCAAAGGAUUUCAAAUAUGACACAUAUGUGGCGCUAAAAAUUCAGAAGAGUGCAUCGCAUUACUUGGAAGCAGCAUACGACGAAGUAAAAGUGAUGGUCCAAAUUUUGUUUAGGUGGAGAUCCUAUAGAAGGUGGCGCAGAAUGUGCAAAAUCCUGUUUGGAUCCAAUCAUUAAAAGAUUAUUANGGGGGAAAUAGUAAGUGAUGCCUCAAAUGUACCUGAAGGAAUGGUUAGUGUGCAAGUCCCAGCUCAUCGUUUUUGUAGAUUCGACUGUGGUCCAGGUCCUAUCCCAGGAGUAGUAAUUGAUGCUUGGUAAUCAUUGUGCAAAUUGACCCCAGAAGACUUUGGAGGAGUCCGUACUCAUGAUUACGAAUUAGAAGUGUACCCAGAGGAUUAGAUUGACAAAAACAAUAUGAAAUUUUAAUUAUUCAUUGGGAUAUCAUGA